AGACAACCAAAUAAGCAAAUCGAUUUCUGAAAACGCAAAUUUGUGCAAAAAACAAUCAACUAAAAUAGACUAUUUUUAGAUCAGGCGAAUAAUAGCACCCAGCACUAACAAAAAAAAACCCCCAAAAACUAUCACCGCAUUCGAAAUAUCAAAACAAAUUUUCGUUAAGUUGAAAAGAAUUCCCGUAACAACUAUUUAAAGAGCAAAACUGUAAAAAUAUUUAAUUGUAUUCUGAAAUUUCCUCACGCACUUGAUUAGUAUUUAAGCGCUUAAGAUAGUGUUAAGAUAUUCAUUUUGAUUGUUGCGUCAAAAUUUCAUAAACUUCAAUUCAACAAACUGCUGCCUCAGCUCAAGGUAAUUUCACACGCCUCCUAAUUCGAAAAUGAAUGCUCGCUCGCAGGUCUUUGACCUCACUAUCGAGGGUCGUCAAGUAGACGAGGCUGUUGCCAGCAUCUUUCAUACGGUGCUUUUUCAUCGCUGCCAAGGAAAGUAUAUGUAUACGGGGGAUGCUCAAUAUUCUAUCGGCACAAUCGGCUACACCGAUGUGGACUGCGACUUCAUUGACUUCACCUAUGUGUGCUGCACCUCCGACAGUCUGCUGCGCACCGUCAAACGAGCUAUCAACGUGUUCAGUGAGAAAUUGCGCUCGAACGAAAGCUGCGGCUCAGGCCAAAUAAGUUUAGAAUUUUUUCAAAAGCGUAAAUCACGCUGGCUGUUCCAACAGGAAUGCAUACCCUGGGAAGUGUGGACUGUUCAUUUAGAUCUCAUCAAAUACGAAAACGAAGACGAUCGCCAGCUCAGCCGUGAGAAUGUCUCAGAUUUACUAACUGAAAAAGUGAUAUAUAUUACGGAGCUCAUGAAUCGAUCGGAUUAUGUACCGAAGACACCGAGCCAAAGUGAGCUGGAUCUCAUUUUUGACACUUCGUAUCCCGAUGUUCAGCCGUAUUUGUUUAAAUUUGAUUACUCGACUGCAGGCUCCCAGACACCGUCGGUCACCAACGCUGUUAAAAAGAUUUUCAAGGAGACAUUUACGUUGUGACGUGUGGUGGUCGCGAGUGAGCGCAGCCACCGCCAACAACCACAACAACAAGAGCAGCAGCAGCAAUCAUUGAAGAAAAAUAUCGUGAAACUACAGCCUGUGUGUGCUAAGGAUACGAUUGUUGUAGCGAGUGGAAAGUACUUCAGUGGUGGCACAAGUAUUAUGAUUUCUCAAGCAUGCCGAGCGCGCAGUAGUUCAACAAUUGUCGGCGAUGCAAAUGAGCUGCAAGUACGGCACCAGUCCUCCACCUAUGUCGGUGAUAAGGUUGGCGAGCGAAAAUCAAUUUUGGCUGUUUUGGGCGGUUUGAUUUUGUUAUUCUUGUGUAAGCAUAAUCGCCUCGGGCCAUUUUAAUUGGACUCAAUUAACCACUGCACACAAUACAAUGCAUAUUCAAGCAUAUGGAUAUAUAUUUAGUUGCUAACCCUAAUUUUAAUGUUAAUUGUUUACGGCUGUAUUUAUUGGAACACUGAAGAAACCGAAAAUGAAACCAACGUCAAGAGGCACUCAGUUUAUGAAGAGUAAAUAAAUUAGAAUAAAUAAUUGUCUACAAUCUGACUAAAUACAAAAUUCUACAACAGAAUGGCUACCAUCGCAUCUUAAAUGCUGAAAUAAACAUGCGUACCACACAGGUACAUAGGUUUUAAAAUACCUAAUGUAAAUAUUGAUCAACUUUCUCAUGAAUAACUCGCCUUGUACUUCGAAAGUAUUUAUUUGUUGCAUUUCUAAUAACUGAGUGCUUUCUUGCUGGUUAAGGUCCGCUUGCGUAGUAUUACCAACAUGCUGAAUAAAAUAAAAGGCUCAAGCCUUACAUAUACAUACAUAUUCGAAAUUUGAAUUUUGGUAAUUUUUUACUUUUGAAUUUUUUAUUUCAUUUUUAGUUUUAAACUUGUAAGGCUUUGAACUGCCCUGCAUAUUAUGCCUGCAUUGCUUUGGCUUAAUGAUGUUGAAUUAUUCAACCAAAAACGUGACAAUUGAAAAAAAAUUCUUUUUAUACUCGCUUGUGUCUUGAAUUAACGCUAUUAUUUAUUAGUGCACUGGCAUGCAUAAUUAGUUUUAUUUUUUUUUUUUUUGUAUUACGUUGCGAAUUAUGAUAUUUUACUUGCAUAAGUUGUACCGUUUAAGCCAGACAAAGCGUACCUUCGUUAGAAAAUUUAUAAACCUAUGUUAAGUUGGAUUAAAUUGAACUCAUGUGUAUUGAAAUUUAUGUUGUUUAUGAUUGAUUUAAUAUGAUUUUUGUGAUCUACAAACAUAUGAAUUCGUGCAAGUAUGCAUAGUUUUUAUUAAUAAUAAUUUCUGUGUAUUAAACGUGAUAAUUAACCGAUGUUCAGUAAAUGCGAAUAAUUUUGCAUACCUAAGUGCUAGUUCGUAUUCCUUAAGAAAUUCGAUAAGUUUUAUGUAUGUAAGUUAAAAAUAUGUUUCUAAUUUAAUAGUUUUUAUAUGCCGGCUAAUUAGAUCUUUUAAUAAACUUUAUAAAUCCAAGAUUUUUUUUUUUUACUUUCUGAUGCAUCUUUAAAAUAUACCCGAUUGUGUAAGAAAACCUGAUGAAGCUUAAGAAAAUAUACAAUUUAAAAAUGUAACAGUAAGAAAAGUAGCAAUUUCUAAUGCUAUGAAUUAUUAUUUUGUAGGGAAUGAAUUAUUAUCAACUGAACGAACUCACCUGACCCAACGUACAUACCGUGUAGUUUAUUUGUCCACACGUUUUUAAAAACUAAAUAAGAAAAUAUGAAAAAAAAAUAUAUGAAAAGUAGUAUGUAUAAGAAAUGUAGACUUGCUUUGAAUGUGUAGCGUCAGUGUUUUUAAUUGUUGUGUGAUGUGUAUGUGUAAAUCGCGUUGGUGUGCAAGAAUGAGAAACCCACGAAUCAAAAAUGCCGAAAGCUAGCGAGCUAGUGAAGCUGAAAACAUGAUAUCGAAAAAUUAAUGUUUGGCUAAUAUAAAAUUUGUUACAUAUAUUCCAAAGUUUUGUAUAUUUCAGUGGAUUUAAAAGCAAUGCAUUCAAUU